AGCUAAGAGCAUAAUUGAGUUGUCAUGUGAAUUGCUUUUAAUCGUUAUAUUAUUACCACAUGUACACUCCAUUAUAGGCUGCAAACAUCAUUACAAUACUAUCAGCUUUAUCGACCUGCUAGAUUAUCUCUUCCAUGGAGGACAAGUUUUAAUUUGUGCCAGAAGUUAACUUUUGAUCUCCUAACUCUCUAAUUUUAUAUGAGGUUUAAGUUUGGUUUUUUAAUUUUUUAACUAUAACGCUAAUAUUAAAUGAUAAUUUUCUGUAUUAAUUAUUGUCAUUUUUUUUAAAAAAUAACUUCAAUAUGUUAAUAUUUGAUAAUAUUUUAUCAAGAUUUAAAAGUUUAAUUUUGGCAUUUUUGUCAAUGAAAUUAAUAAUAUUAGGAUUAAAAGAUCAAAAAGACAUUUAAUAGAAUAAAGAGACUAAAAUAAAAUCUUAUAUAAAGUUAAAAGAUCAAAAUGUAUUUUUACCUUCAUGAAAACCAGGCUCACGAAAAAAAAGAAGAAAAAGAGAGAUUUUUAAUUUAUAUUUUUUACUUAAAUUUAAAGUUAAGCAGCAGCAUGAUCUUAGAUUCCAUGAUAACCCAAUUUCUUCCAUAUUUGCAGCCUUAGGAGGUGAGAAUACACAAUACAUAAACUUCAACACUAGUAUCUUUUAAUUUGAAGGGGAAAUCUUGCCAGGUCGACGUGGGCGUGUGAGAAGUGGGAACCACAAGCAGAAAGUGAUUUCUAUGGAUGCCUCUCCAUUGACACCUAUCAUUUGGGGGGUUUCAGGUUUUCACCUUUUUCCCCCCUUUCAAGACGCUAUAAAAAGGGGAGAACAUAACCUUGAACGCACCAAAUCAUAUGAAUUUAGAAUCAAGCAUCAACCAUAUGGGUAGGAAUCUGAAGAACGCUGCAAUAGCAUUCCUUGUUCCUCUUCCCUCAAUACUCUUCUAUCUCUCCUUCCACUACCACUAUGACUCUACAAUACUUGACACUGAUGCUAACGUCUGGACAUGGUGCUAUCACCACCCCCUCUUGCUUCCCAAUGCCCUCUUGUUCCUCAACGUCACUGUCCUCUUCUGGGUCAUUGGCCUGAUCCAGUGCAGCCAUUGGAUGAUUGACCUGUAUUGGACGAUGAUUCCUGUGAUGCUUGUACAUUACUUUGCAAGUCACCCUUUGGGAGAGUGUGAUUGGUGGAGGUCAAGGAUUGUGAUAUUGUUGAGCUGGGUUUGGAGUGUUAGGCUGAGCCAUAACUACUUGAGGCGAGAGAACUGGCAAUGGGGCGCCAGACAGGAUUGGAGGUUCACCAAUAUGAGCCUUUGCUAUGGCAAGCGUUGGUGGUGGAUUUCAUUCUUCACUGUCUACUUCUCUCAGCAGGUGCUUCUGAUUGCACUAUCUCUUCCAUUCUACGCUAUUCACUCAGUGAAUCAGCCUCUGAACCUCAUGGACUUGGUGGCCACUGUAAUGUGUUCAUCUGGCAUUCUCAUAGCAUACUUUGCUGAUGCACAACUUCAUAACUUUGUAACAAGAAACAAAAACCUUAAACAUGUUGGAAAACCCUUAGUUCCUAUUCUAGACAAGGGCCUAUGGUAUUACUCAAGGCAUCCAAACUACUUUGGGGAACAACUAUGGUGGUGGGGCCUAGCUUUAUAUGCUUGGAGCAUAGGAUAUGGAUGGAGCUGCAUAGGGACAAUAGGUAAUACCAUGUGUUUGGUUUAUGUGACUAAGCUUGUGGAAGAUAGAAUGAUGAACCAAAAGUACAGAGCAGAGGCUUAUAGGAUGUAUCAGAAGACAACCUCAAUAUGGGUUCCUUGGUUUAAGGCUUCUGAUCCUUCAGGCGUAAAAAAUAAGAAUGCUUGAUGUUUUUUUUUUUUUUUUCGGUCCCUUCUUAGUGCUGCACUGCUGUGUGGUUUGUUCAUUGUUUGUACAAUAAGACAGUAUAUUGUUGGUAUUUUUUUACCCUUUGAAUAUAUGGUUCUGUUUUGUUAAUUUGGAGGGAUUAUUGGUCUGCGCUAGCCAUGUAUAAAUUACCAUGGUAUUGAAAUGAAAUUCUUCAUGCUUAUUUGU